AUGUCUUCAUCGGCCAAGCACAUUUGUACAAUAUGUCAUUAUGAUGAAGUCCCGAAAACAGCAGUCACGUGGUGCACAGAAUGUGAAGUUUUCUUUUGCGGAGACUGUGAAAAACCUCAUAAAAAAUUAAGAUUGACCAUAAAUCAUAAGACCAUAUCAUCUCAAGAUUAUCAAAAGUUACCGACAUUCAUACAAGAAAUAAGCAGUCAGUGCAGAGACCACAAUAAGAACUUUGAACGUUACUGUUCUGUUCAUGCAUGUCCCUGCUGUGAUCAAUGCAUCACUGAUAAACACCAGGCAUGUGGAAACAUGCAACUGCUAUCAGACGCUAUUAAGCAAGUAAAAAAUUCUUUCUCAGUUGAGUUUUAUAAAAACGAAUUGAUGGACGUAAAUGAAAACUUAAAUAAAGCCAUAAAAUACCUGACAGCGAGGAUCAGUACAGCCAAUUCCCAGAAAACUGAGGCAUUUGAUGAAAUCCUGUAUACUCGAAAGUCUAUCGAUGACUACUUUGAUAAAAUAGAGCAGAAAGUACUCGACGAACUAGAGAAUAAACAUUUGGAGCUGAAAUUAAACAUGGCCUCCAUCGUACAACAAAUGGAACAGCGACUGCAUCAGAUAGAAAAAAUUCAGAGCGAGUUUACCAAAAUGACACAAUCUGCAACUGCGUUAGAACUGUAUUUUGGUCUGAAGGAAAUUGAAAAAACUACAUCAGAAGCCGCAAAAUACAUUUCAGAUUUAAAGGAAAGUGGCGAUCACUUCAGUGAAAAGAAUUUAGAGGUUAAAAUUUCAUCUGAUCUUCUAUCAAGUAUUCAAGAUGUCAAAUCAUUUGGAGAUAUUAAUAUCAAUACGACGUCUUCUACUCUCCUUGUCAAGACCGGAAGAAAGAAUCAAGCACUAUGCGUUCCUAGAAGUGAUCGAAUUAAACCAGCUUUGCUAAAGAGACUGACAAUUCCCCAAAAUAUGAAGUUUUUGAAUAUACUGGCGUGCUUAAUAUUGUCUGAUGGUAAGGUAAUAAUUCUCGAUUACAACAAAAAACAACUACUGCUUUUUAGUGACGCUGGCUUCUUCGUUAAAGAAGUAUUUACAUUCAGAGAAUAUCCUCUCGAUGCAUGCUUUGUCAUAGAUAAUACAGUGGCUGUCUUAUUAGGAUCAGCAAACAAGACAGCUCUGGUGGAUGUUGAAGAGAAGACAAUUAUUGAAGAAGUUGAUCUUUUUCAUUAUUGUUAUGGAGUAGCAAGUGAUGGUAAAAACUUAAUUAUUAGCAGUGAUAAUAAUAAGAUUAUCAAAGUGAAUUUGGACGAUAUGUCUCAAACAAUCUAUAAAAAAGGAGUGGAGGAACUAUUUUAUGUUUCGUUAUUGCAAGGAAUUAUCAAUGGUACCACGACCUUUCAAAACACAAUCUGCUGCUAUAAAAGUACCGGGGAACCUCUCUGGACAUUUCAGCGCCAAGACAUUGACGUACCAGGACGACUUACAUUAGACAAGAAUGGCUAUGUUUAUAUUGCUUCUUGUAGGAACAACAGUAUCGUGGUAUUGUCACCAGAUGGUAAAACCUGUAAGACAAUACUAUCAGAGGCUGAUGGAAUCAAAUCUCCUUGGGCAAUAGAUAUAAACAAAGAAAAGGGAUUGAUGGUGGUGUCCAGUUUUAUGAGAGAUAAUAGACGUGAUGCUUUCUAUGAUACAGCAUUUAUUUAUAAAAUUUAA